UCCCCACCCCAGGCUUUCCAAGAGGAGAUGGUGCAGUUCCGAGAGUGCCUGGAUGCCCUCAGCGCCCCGGUGAGCUGUGCCCUAGUGGCCCUGAUGGCCCACGGGGGGCCCCAGGGGCAGCUGCUGGGGGCUGAUGGCCAGGAGGUACAGCCAGAGGCACUGGUGCAGGAGCUGAACCGCUGCAGGGCCUUGUGGGGCUGCCCCAAGAUCUUCCUGCUUCAGGCCUGCCGUGGGGGGCAUAGGGAUGCCGGCGUGGGGCCCACAGCUCUCUCCUGGUUUCGGCGCUGGCUGCAGGCAUCACCGACCACCCCGUCACACGCCGAUGUCCUUGAGAUCUAUGCUGAUGCCCAAGGCAGCGCCUCCCGGGGCCCCACUGCCGGGAGCUCUGACCAAGCAGACAUCCUGAUGGUCUAUGCAGCUGCCAAGGGUAAGGGGACAGCUCACCAAGGAAGCCUGCUACCUAGGGCCCUGCAUCCUGGCUGGACACGGGGAGGGGCUUUAGGGGCAGCCAGGGCUGGGCAGGGGGGCACAGAGGCAGCAGCCCAGUUGCAGUUCAGCCAUCCUCCUUCCACGUUUAUCAUUUAUAAUCAUAGUAACCACGGGGAGCUCAUAGGGGCGGCCUGUGCCAAGCAUCAGAAUUUCCAUGGGGGAUCUGCCUCAGGCCCUGCUCAGCCCUUGGCACAGGGGCUUCACAGCGGGCAUGUGCCCUGUGCAUUCGGACUGUGUACUCCCUAAAUAGCCAGCAGGAAGUCGUUCUAGACGCAAGAAGUUCCCGCUCUUUGUGCAGUCCCCUUGCCUGACCCCUGGGGUCCUGCCUGCCGGGCCCCCUCCCGCCCCUCUGCCCUCUUUGCACCGAAAGAGUCGCUGGGGCCUGGAAGGCAGCCGCAGGGGCCCAAGUCUGACGCUCUGCCCCAUCCUCUGGCCUAGGCUGCGUAGCCUAUCGCGACGAGAAGGGCUCGGACUUUAUCCAGACUCUGGCCGAGGUCCUCAGAGCUGACCCUGGGGGGGA